AUGUUCAAACUCACUAUCGCAUUCGUCUCUAUUGUCCUCUUCCACGGCGUGUUCGCCGCACCGGUUCUCCUCACCACUGCAAAUUCUGAGGCUACUCACGCCGCGAUUAGAAACCGUGGCCUCUUGGGUGGCAUUGAUGCUGGCACCAUCUUCGAGGAUCUCGACCCCGAGCCCAGACAAGAACCUGGACUUCUCGGUUCGUCCGUUGGAUCCCUGCCUCCCACCUCUGGUGCUCCUGUCGCCACAACCAGGCGCAGAGCAGUUUCAGUUGCGGGGGCCUUCGAUAACUUUUUAAACAACCUCCUCGGUGGCACACAGGACCAGGGCUCUUCUCAGAGGAGGGAAGACGCUCUGCCUUUCUCUUUCGAUGGGCUAACCGCUGCGCUUGGUGGCUCUACUCCUAGCAAUGUCGAGUCCCCGUCGAAGAGACAACUUUUGGGUGAUCUUGUCGAUGAUGGUCAAUUGGAUAACUUGCUUGGUCGACAGAUUCUCGGUCCCGUCGUUGCUGAAGCUGGUGAACUUGUCGGCCAGGAAUUGACACCUCCUGCUGGUGAGGAUAGGCGCGCACUUGUCGAUACUCUCACAGAUGCUUCGGAUGAGGACAACGGUGAUGACGAAGAUGGAGACAACGACGACGACGACGACAAUGGGGAAGACGAUGGUGGAGACGACGCCGGCAAUGACGGUGACGAUGGUGCCCAAAAUGGUGACGACAAUGGUGAAGAUGGCUCAGACGUUGAUAGUCGAAGCAAUGCCGCCUUGCCAGUCGUCCCUGGCUUCGAGACCUCUGGUUCUCCGAUUACCAACUUGUAA